CUUGGAUGUCCAACUGCUUCCGGUUAUAAAGGGAGUAAUGUAGAUUUUGCAAUUUAAGGUGUAAGAUUGCAAUUUACUUAGUGUUUUUAUGUAAUUAUUAAUAAAAGUCAUUGUAAAUAUUGUAAAGUUAGUUAAACAUAGACAUGAAUGUAUUUGAUCUUGAUUAUAUACAGAUGUGAGUGAUAAAAACACUAUAAUAAAAUAUGUGCACGAAAAGUUACGUGUUUCCAUCUUGACAAUUUCAGAAAUAUAAAUAAAGUUUAUAUAAGAUGUCAUUGGAAAAGUUACUACUUAAAUGCGGCGUUGUAAGCAUUAAAUAUGCUACAAGUUCACAAUGUGGAGUGCAUCAGAAGAACCACCAGAAAUAAUGGAGGAAGAGGUACUUGAACCUGUGGCACAUGCAAAAGAAAAGUGUGAACAAAAUAAAAGCCAGUUGGAAACUCUUAAAGAAAUUAUGUUGAAAAAUAAACAAAGUUUAAAAAAGAAAGAAGAAGAAGUUCAGGAGUAUGCAAGAAGACUUUCCAAAAUUAAAUCUAGAGCUAAAUUAUCACGACGAAAUAGAGAAGGAAAUUUGACUUCCAAAGAUGUAACUCAUACAUCUGAAACAUCAUUGGCAAAUACAUCUGAUCAAAAUAUUGAUGACAUUAGUCAAGCAAAAACUGUAAAAGCAAAAUCUACUUUACUCCAAAAGAAACUAGCAGAAAAUAGAAAAGCCUUUGAACAGCGUAACAAAGAAAUAAUAGAAACUAAACGUGCAGUUGAAGAAAAAGUAGAAGCUAUUAGACAGCAAUUGGAAGAAAAAGAUGUGACAGUAAUGGGUUUUCCAAGGGAUCAAUUAUCUGUUACUCCUGUUAAACCAGUGAUGAUUACUUCUGAUAUCAUGUCACCAAUACAAAUUGAAAGCAUUCAAGAAAAGGAAAACAAAAUUACAGAACUUAAUAAUAAAAUUUUGGAACUUGAAGCCGUAAUUAUGGAUCUUCAAGAAAAUUUAAAAGAAAAAGAUUCUGUGAUUGAAUCUAAAACAAAGGCAGUUACCCUUAUGUCUGCAGAUCUUUCAAAAAAGGGUAAAACGACAUUAGAUACUCUCGAAGAUACGAAAGACGAAAUGAGAACGAUGCAGGAACAUUUUGUACUUUUAGAGAUGUCCCUGAAAAAUAAGAAUGAAAAUCUUUUAAUGCAACUGCAAGAAAGGGAUAGUAAAAUAGCAGAAUUAGAAGAUUCGAUUGAUGGAUUUAAGAAACAAAUUAACAAGCAAAAGUUGUCUGAGUCAGCAAGUGCUGAUUUCUCUCGUUCUACAAUGGACGCUUUGGUAGAAAGUAAAGAAGUUAUGAAAUCAAUGCAAGAAAAUUUUGUACUUAUAGAAUCUUCCCUUAAAGCAAAAAAUGAAAAUUUAUUACAGCAGUUGAAAGAUUACGAGUUAAAGUUAGCCGAAGCUAAUGAACGAAUAUUUAAACUGGAAUCUGGUAUUGGAAUAGUCAGAGAUCCAACUGUUAGUGAUUUGCAGUUUAAAUUGGAAAAAUUGGAACAUAAUAAUAAGCAGUUGCAAGAUGAAAAAUAUGAAUUACAAAAAAAUGUUGCAGAAUUACAAGAUAAAAUUGUAAAUAUAUCUAUGCAUGGUAAUGGUGCAAUAAUAGAAAAAGAUAAUAGAAUAGUUGAACUUGAAAAUUUAGUAGAAGAAUUAAAACAAUCUAAUAAGCUUCUUGAAGAAGAAUCUAAAGCAGAAUUGCAAAAUCAAGUGGCAGAUUUAACACUAAAAAAUGAAGAAUAUUUGAAUAAAAUAACCGAUCUUGAAAAUUUGGUACAUAAACUUGAAGAACAAAAAAAUGAAAUUAUGGCAAAAUUACCAGAAGAAAAUACUAUUAGAGAAGAUGAAAAAGUGAUGAAACUUACUAAGGAAUUAGAAGAAUUGAAUAAGAGUAUGAUCAAAAUUAAAGCACAGCAUAAAAGUAAAGUAAAAAGUCUACAAAAACAAUUGGAGAACUUUAAAAAAAUGUCUGAUACAAAUGCGGAACUUGUCAAAUUGGGGAAUCAAGUGGCAUUAUUAGAGGAGGAGAAAGGUAACCUUCAGCUGAGUCUGGUAGACUUUGACGAGCUUAAAGCCUCAGCAGGAGAUUGGCAAGAACGUGUUGUUGAUCUUGAAAAUAAAGUUUCUGCUCAAGCGAAAGAAAUUGAAAUGCAAAUUGAAGCUAUUGCUACUCUAGAAAAUCAAAAAUUGGAUUUAAUGCAAGAACUCCAUAUGGCAAAGCGAGAAAUCUCGUCCUUAGAGGCAGAAAAUGCAGAAUCUGAGAAUCUUAGAGUAACUGCAGAAAUUAAAGUGGUUGAUCUUGAAGAACAGUUAGAAGCUCUGCAUAGAUUACAAAACGAAAAUAAAUCAGAAUCUUUAUCAGACACUAAUCAUACAGAAUUGAUUAAACAAGUAGAAACUUUAACCCAAGAAAAUGCCGAGUUAUAUAAUAGAAUAUCAAAAUUCGAGGAAAAAGGAACAUCUGAUACUGGAUCUACUGAGUCGUUUGAAGCUAUACAAGAAUUGGAUAAAACUGAUUUGUUGAAAAAGAUUGAAGAUUUAACACAGAAAAACAAUGAAUUAACUCUUAAAUUAAAUAAACUUCAACAAAAAGAAAAUUUUUAUGCCGAAUCUACGGAAUCUAUAAAUGAUACAGAUAAAAAUGAAUUAUUAAAGAAGAUUGAUCAGUUAACCCAAGAAAAUACUGAUUUAACAGUUAAAUUAAGCAGAAUGGAAGAAAAAGGAUCUUCUGAUACAGGUUCAACAGAAUCUUUUGAACGAAUUCCAGAACAUAAUGAGAAUAUGACAAAAAUUGAACUUCUUACACAAGAAAAUAGUGAACUUGUAAUCAAACUUACAAAACUUGAGGAACAAUUAGGGCACAUAGAAUCUAAAUCAGAUAUUGAUUUAAAACUAAAAAUUGAUGUUUUAUUGCAAGAAAAUGAUAAUCAGUCUGUAGAAUUAUCGAAACUCAAAAUUCAAAUAACAGAUCUUGUUGAAGAGAAUAGUAAAUUACAAAAACAAAUUGAAAUAUUGUCUACAAACAAUAGUGAUUUAGCAACUCAGUCUGCUAAAUUAGAGGAUCAAAUUGAAAAUAAACAAUCCGAAACUUCCGAAAUAUCAAAGAGAGAAGUUGAUUUCAAAGCGCAAAUUGAUAUGUUAAUCGAAGAAAAAGAUCUUUUACAAAAAGAGGUGAAAGAAUUACGUACUUCAUUAGAACAAUGGCAUGAAACAACUCAGGACCUUCAAAUCAAUGAUUUGAGAAUUAGAAUAGAAGAAUUAUUAAAAGAAAACGAAGAAGUGGUAACGAAAGUGUCAGAACUUAAACAUUCCAAUCAGAAGUUAAAAGAAAAUCUAACUGAAGUGAUUCAGGAAAAAGAAGAAUUAUAUUUAAAAAUAAAUCAAAUGUUACAAGAUAAAUCUAAUAAUGAAAAGUUAGAACUUAUUGAAAAAUCGGAGAAACUGAAUCAAGAAAAGAAAAAUGUUGCUCAAGAUAAAGAAAUCAAGGAUAAGCAAAUUGGCACUGUUACACAAUCUGAUCAAGAAGUAUUUGAAAUACCACAAUCAGAUGAUUCUCUACCUCAACAAACAGAAUCCAUGAUUAUUGCUUCUUUGCAACAUGAGAUAGAAGAAUGCAAAACUUUAAUUGCAGAACAGACAGAUAUAAUCAAAGAAAUGAAAAUAAAACUUGCAAACAAAGAAGAGGAAUUGAAAGGAAAGGAUAAACAAAUUGUAGAAUAUGAGAACUCUGAAAAGAAAGUGGAGAGUUUAGAAAAGGAAUUGAAAAAAAUGUUUAGUACUCUAGAAGAAUGGAAAUACAAAUCCAAUGAAUUGCAAGAAAAAAUGAAAGAAUUGGAGGCACAAAAAAUUUCCAUUGAAGACAGAUUCAGAAUUUUGCAAAAUGAAAAUAAAAUGUUACUACAUGAAAAAGAAAAUAAAGAUGCAGAAAUUAUUUUACUGAAACAACAAUUGCAGAAUACAACAACGACAUUUGAAUUAAAGCUUCAGGAGCAACUUGCAGCCAUUUCUGAAAAGGAUAAUGAAAUUACUCAUUUUAAAGAAAUCAUCGAGGAUAAAAAUCAAGAAUUACAAACCAAAUAUACAGAACUUCAAAAUAAGAUGAUUACGAUUGAUAGUUUACAGGAUGAACUUAAUAACUGUAAAAUAUUAAUUCAAGAUAAGGAUUCUUUAUUAACAUCGAUGUCCGAUGAAGUAGUGAAUCUUAAUAAUCUAGUGAAAAGUAAAGAAGAAGAAAUACAUACUUUGAGGAAAGACAUUGUUGAAUUAAAUAAUAAAGUAAAAGAAUCAAUGCCUAUAAAAGAUUAUAAUGCUUUAAUAGAGCAAUUAAAAGAUAAGAAUAUGAUUCUUGAUGAACUUGAAUGUAAGAUCAGUGCAACUACCAAAGAAAAUAGCAAUCUAUUAGAGAAAGUGAAAAAUCUAUCUCAACAAAAUAACGAUAUUCAAAAUCAAUUAAUCGAGAAGCAACGAGAAUUUGUCGACUUACUAACAAUGAAAGAUCAUUUGGAAGCACAAAUUGUAGAGUCUAAAAAUGAAAAAAGUGAAAUUGAAAAGCAAAUUUGGGAAUUACAGAGCAUUAUAGACAACAAUUCAAAAUUUAUCAAUGAUUUGCAAGCAGAAUUAAAGAGUACUUAUAAACAGAUAGAACAAUUGAAAGUUAAGCAUACUGAAGAUAUACAUCUACAAAAUCAAAGACUUGAAAAUGUAAUUGAAGAAUUGAAUGCUAAGAUGCAAGAAUGUGAAAUUUUGAGAGGUAAUUUGGAAGAGAAGGAAAGGCUAGUUGGUUACAAUAUAACUGAAGAAACUAAAGUUGCUUUAGAAACUAAAGUUGCUGAUUUGGAGCAAAAGUUGAAGGACUCUGAUGACAAGAUACAAAUGCAGCUAGAAAAGAUGAAAAAGAUUGCUGCUAAUCUAAAAAAGAAAACGGCUAUAUGUCAAGAGCUUGAGAGUAGAGUUACCGAGCUCGAAGAAAAGUGGACAACUGAAAAAGAUGAAAAAGAAGCUAAAAACAAGCAAAUUCAAGAUGUGGAGAUUGCAAUACGUGAGAAGGAUAAUAGAAUAGUUGAUUUAGAAGAAAAAUUAAUGCAAGCUAGAAACGAAUCUACAGAAGCCUCUAAGGAUAUUGAAAGAUUAACGCAUGAUUUGGCUAAUUUAAAAGAAAUACCUCUACUUAGGCAACAAAUUACAGAAAUGGAAGAGGAAAUUGUAAAAUUACGUCAAGAUAUUGAAUCUUCAACGGUCGAACUCACAACAGAAAGAGAAAGUAAACAGAAAAUAAUCUCGGAGUAUGAAUCUUAUAAACAACAAGUUAUCCAAGAAAAUGAACGUAAACAAUCUGAGCUAGAAGAUAUGAAGGAGAAAGCUAGAGAACUUAGUGUACGAAUGCAAGUUAUGGAGACAGAAUAUGUUGAACAGCUUACAUUAAUUAAUGAUCUUAAGGCUGAGAAUGGCUUAUUGUUAUCAAAACAGGCGCAUAUUAAUGAAAAAUUAGAGACUGUUGAAAAAGAAUCAGAAAAACAAAAAUUGUUGAUCGAGCAGCUAGAGAAAACAGUUAACACAUCUAUGGAAACCACACAAACUGCAGAGGAAGAAACUAUUGAAGAUGAUGCAAAAAUGACUGGAGCGCAUCAUUGCAAUCAUUGUGAACAAUUCCAGACUUUGGUGCAAGCAUUGGAAGCAAAAUUACAAGAACGGGAAGCUGAAAUUGAGAAUUUGGAUAACGAAUUAGCUAAUUCUAUUGGUAAUUUUGUUCAAAUGAGAGAAUCUCUUAGGUAUAACGAUUUGAUGAACCAAACUAGCAUGAGAAAUAGGUCAUUGGAGGAUUCAUACAAUGAUCUUUUGUUCCAAUAUAAUUCAUUAAUAACAAAUUAUGAGGAAGUGAAAGUAAAAUCGGAAGAAACAUUGAAGGAAAAUGAGAAAUUGAUAGCAAAGAUUGAGGAGCUGCAAUCUACAAAUACCACUAUGGAAGAAAAGAUAAUUACAAUGGAGCAAACGUUAGAAGUUAAUAAGCAAAAAAUCGAAAGUAUUGAUUUAUUAAACUCUGAUUUAACAAAAAAAUGUCAAUUACAAGAAACAGAAUUAUUAAACAUACAACAGGAAAUGCAAAUUGUUCAGAAACGCGCUGAUCAACUAGAACAACAAUUGACCCUUCAAAUAGAUUCUUUUAAAUUCAUGGAAGCACAGAAAGCCAUUGUAGAAAAAUCGUUGCAAGAUACUAAACACAGCUUGGGACAAGAAAUUGAGACUCUUAAAGUCGAUAAAGAAUCCAGUGAAAAAAGAAUAGGGGAAUUACAAGUGGAAUUAGAGGCAUAUAGAAAUCAGAGUAAAGAAUCUAUGGAGAAAUCAAAGAAAGAGACACCCGUUUUUGAUAGUGCUCUUCAAGAUAAUGCUCCCCAAUUAUUCGAUGCUUCUAAAAUCUUUGGUAUGCCAUCUACUUCUGAUUCUGAUCUUUUGACUGAUAAAGAAGUGAAAAGAUUGCAGACUUUAUUAAAUGAAAAGGAAACACAGUGUUCUAAUUUGACUCAAGAGAUUAAUCAUUUGCAGAAAAUGAUGAUUGAAGAAAGAACACAAAUAUCUCAGAAUUAUAGUCAAUGUGUUGAAAAAUUAGAAAUUUCGCAAAAGCAAUUGCAUGCAGCAGAGACAAAUAUACAGAAACUAGAACAAGUAUCGAUUGAAAAAGAAAAACAGAUCGAUUCAUUGAAUGCAGAAUUGCGCAAUCUUAGCAUGCAAGUAAUGGAACAGCAAAAUGAUAUGGACAAUAAAUUCAAAGAAUCAUUGCUAGCUAAAGACAAUCAAAUAGAGGAACUAAACACGAGUUUGAUUUCCAUGAGAGAAACAUUAGAUAAAGCGAUCACAGAUCGAAAUCAACAAAAUGGCCUUUUAGAAUCAUAUAAGUUACAGAUAAAUAACUUAGAAGCAGAAUUGAAAAAUUUGACUGAUUUUGAAGUAAUACAAGAACUGGAAAAUCAUAUUUCAGUUCUUACUAAGGAGCGUGACUUGCUACAACUACAAGUGAAUGACUUGUCUAGGUCUAUGGAGAAAUUGAAAGACUCCAUGAACGUUGAACGAAACUUACAGGUAGAAAUUGAGAAAACUGUACAUGAAAGGGACGAAGCCAGAGAAUUAGUUGCAAAUCUUACACGAACUUUAGAAGAUAUUCAUGAACAGUCUGAUAAAACGGAUACGUCAACAAAAGAACUUAUUCCAUUAGAAAAAGUUCCUGUUACACAACAAAUAGAAUCAGAAAUUACAACAGAGGGAAUUCAGCAGGAAGUUUUAUUGGAGAUGGAAGCUACAUGGGAUGUAGGAUCGAUUGAAAAACUUAGUGUUGAUGAGGAAACCUGGGAAUGGAAUGCGGAAGAUGCUCAGUUAGCUAGUGAACAACAUCUCACCACGACAUUAAUUCCCAGUAUGGAAAUGCAGUUACAAGCCAGAGUAGAUGAUCUUCAGGAUCAGAUUAAAGAUUUUGAGAAGGAAAAGGAGAAAAUAAUAGAAGAAAGUAAAGCAGUUCAAUUGAAAAACAUGAAGAUGAUAAAGAAAUUGAAGGAGUACAAAAUACAGAUAGACAGUCUUCAACAACAGCUAAAAAUACAAAAAUCAGCAAGUGAUUUUUACGAAUUGGACUCUGCAAUAGAGGAGGAAUUGAAAUCUCAGAUCAGUAAAUUGGAAAAGACCUUAAGUGAGAUUAAAGAGGAACAUAAAAAUACUGUUGUUGAGAAAGAGGCUUUGAUGAAACGUUUAGAUGUUGUAGUCUCUGCGAAUGAAAGAUAUAUGGAAAUGAAGGAAAGACAGGAUAUGGAUAUGGAGGUAUUGCGUAUUCGAAAUAAGGAAUUGUCUGAUAAAGUCGAUGCUCUUGAUAAAAAAUUACAGGAAAGUGCACUUAAUUUGGAUAAAAAUGACACUUCUCAAAAUGAAAGCAUUGUUUCCUCCAACAAAGAAGCUAAGUCAGUUAUACAGGAACAUUCUCGAGAGAAACGAUCUCUUCAAGAAAUAGAUUAUGAAACUUUGUCUAAAAACUAUAAAGAUGAGAUCGACGAUCUUAAAGAUGAAAUAGAGGCACUUGCGACUGAGAAUGAGCAACUUCAACAUUUCUUGGCAGAACAAAAGAAGAAAUUAUUUACUUUAGAAUCAAAACGAACUGCGGAAGAAAGUGAAUCUAUCCAGAUUGUUGACGAUUUAAAUAAAAGAAUUUCGGAGUUACAAGGAACGUUAAAUAAAUCUAGAGAAGAAUAUGAUUUACUGAGGAAGCAGUAUGAACAGAGUUUAAUGGAUGCCAACGAUCAAGUUACAGCCAUGAGACAAAAUACUGAUCUUUUAAAGGAAGAAGCAUUUGAAAAAACUAGUAAGUUAGAAACGGAAAUAUCCGAAUUGCGUCAACAGAUUGAAACCUCCGAAUCAAACGUUAUCGAGUUACAGAAAAAAUUGCAGGAAGUUCUACAACAAAAAACAUUCCUAGAAGAAAAAUUAGUCACUUCAGAGAAGCAAUUAUCUUCUGUGAAUGCAUCGAUGAUGGAAGUGACCGAUCUUUUGAAUAUCAGGAUACAAGAAGUGGCUGACUUGAAGCAGGAACUUCAGAGACAAUAUGUAGAUCAUGAAGAUGCAAAGAUAAAGUUGCAGAGUGCUAGACAGGACUUGAGUCAGGAACUCAAUGAGAAGAAACAACAAUUAGAAACUCUGAAGAAAUCUUUUAGUGAGAAAGAAAAUGAAUGUAUUCAACAACAGAGUGUGGAAACUGUUAGUGCUCUCAUCAGUCAAGCUACUCAAGAAUUAGUACAAAAGCAUGCAAUAGAAAUUGAAGAAAAAGAAAAACAGAUACGAGAUCUUAAUGAAAAAUUAUCAAUGUUAGAAAUAGUUAUGAAUGAAUAUUCACUCAAAAAAGACAGUAGUCAAAAUCAGUUUGAUGCUCAAGAACUGGAACUUCUAAAGCAGAAAUUGAUGGAGAAGGAGUCAACUUUGACAUUUGUCCAGACGAAUUUGACAUCAAUAAAAGACCAGUUUGGUAAAAAAGAAAUAGAGUUAUCUGAAAGUAAGGAAAAAAUUCAAAAAUUGUCAUUGGAGAACCAGAAAUAUUCGGAAACUGUUGAAAAACUACGUAAGCGUUUGAAUGAAUCUGAAGCAACAUCAAUCAGUGUUAAUGAAUAUAUAUUACGUAUUCAGAACUUAGAGCAAGAAAUUCAAAAUAUGAACAUUACUUUGAUAAAUAAAGAGUCAAUUUUGCAACAGUAUAUUCAAGAAAUCACGGAACAAAAAACACUUUUAGAUAAUAAUAAAAUCGAAAUUGAUAAACUUCGCACGGAAACGCAAACAAUAAUAGAUUUAAAAACAGAGCAAAUAGAUAGUUUAAAUUUGGAAUUAGAAGAGACUCGUAGGAUGUUGGAAGAAACUCGACAUAAUUUGAAUGAGAAAAUAUCUUUGUUAGAAAAGAGUGAUCAGAUGUUAAAUGAAAACCAAAUAGAGAUUGAUAGAUUGUUAACUAUACAGCAGAAUCAAUGUCAACAGAGUUCUUCUAAUAUUGUAGAUGGUUUGCCUAUUUUCAGAAUGGGUAAUGAUGAAGAAAAUUUACAACGCAUAAUAGAUACCAUGCAAGUUGAAUUGGAAAACAAACAGGAGGAAAUUGAGCAUUUGAAAUACAUUCUAAAUGAAAAUACAUAUCCCAAUAUGAUUCAAGAAAUGCAACAGAGGAUUAAUUGUUUAUAUAAUGAAAAAGUUGAACUAGAAUCUGCUUUGGAAGUAGCUAAUAUAAAAGUUGAAGAAAAAGAGAAACAGAUUGAUACUUUGAGACAACAAAUAGAGAUACGAAAUCAGGAAUCCAUUUCCAAGGAAGAAGCAAAUCUUCAUUCCAAAGAUCGAAGGUCAAUUCAAGAUCAAGAACAGAUUGUUACACUUCAGAAUGAGUUGUAUGCCAAGGAACAGGAAAUUAACGAACUUAAAUAUAUCAUAGCUGAAAAAGACUCUCAAUUGUCUUUGCAAGUCAGCAUGGAGCCUCAAUCAGACGAGUUUGAAUUACGUGAAAUGGUGCAGAGAUUGACUUCUGAAUUAUAUGGUAGGGAACAGGAAAUUCAACAUUUGAAAUCAACAAUUGUUGAAUUGCAGAAAGAAAUUUCUCGUCUGCAAGAGUUUGAAAGGCUCUCAGAAACAACUAAAGAAACUAUACAGAAAUUUAGCGCAGAGAAAGAACAGAUUCGUUUACAGGCUCAAGAAUUUCUGGAGAAAAAACUAAAAGAAAAAGAAACAGAGAUUGAUGAAAUAAAGCAAAAGUUAGCUAAAGAGAAUGAAAAUGUUUUAGACGAAUUACGAUUGAGGGGUAGGGACAUUGAAAAUCUAACGAAGCAAUUGAAAGAAUUCUCUAUGACAGAACAAAUAUUGAAAAACGAAUUGCAUCAAAAGGAUGAAGAACUGAUCCGGGUAAAUUCCAAUUUGGCAGAAAAGGAACGUAGACUAGCUGAAGUGAGUAUCACUAAAGAUGCUGAGCUUCACAAUUUGAAAAUUCAAAUUUAUGAGAAAGAGGAACGUAUAGAGGAACUUUUAGCAUUAUAUGACAAAGAACAAAAACAACUUAUGGAACUCAAAAAUACUUUAGCAGCCAGAGAAACAGAAAUAAAUUCGUUGAAGACACUUUUAGAAGACAAAGUAAAGGAAUAUCAAUUAAUUCAAAAUGUUUUAAAGAAAGACGUUCCUGUGAUUGAGACUUCUGCAGUUCGAAGCAUAGAAACUUCUAGCGAAGAAAGUAAAACAUCGACCUCACAGGAACUAGAUGUUGCAUUGUAUAUGCUUCAUCAAAGAGAUAUCAGAUGUGAGGAAUUAACUCAUGAAUUGAUGCAAUUAUUGGAAGAACGUGAUACAUUGCAAUUACGUCUCUCUAAUGCAAUUAGAGUGAACGAGGAGCUGAGAAAGAUGAGUAAUUCAGCAAGUUCUGAUCUUAGUCCAAAAAAGGAAAUGUCCUCUUCUGGCAGUGUGGAACCAAUUGUAGAACAUCCUUCGCCAUCAAAGUCUGAGGGACCAAUUGAGAUAGCCAAGGAAGCUAUUGAUGCUCCAAUUGGUGAAGACAAGGAGUCUCUUGUCUCAAAGCUGUCACAGCUGCAAACGGUGAGCCACGCAAAAGACGUGCGAUUGAGGGAUGAACGAGAGCUGAGGCACACACAGCAAAUGUCUUUGCUAGCGCACAAAGACGUUUUAAGUACCUUGCCUCCUGAAGCAGCUGCCAGGCUCAUCAAUGCAAAUUAUACACUCUCUAGGGAUGUUCAGAGUCAGUCGAGCGUUCUGUUAAAUUGGCUGUGGGGUAAAAGCACACCAAAGGUGGUACACAUGUGAUGGAAUAUUAAUGACGGUAAAGUGAAUACCAUCCUUGCCUUCUGGAUACAUUCCUGCCAAGUGCCAACUGCCGAGACUAUUUCCCUAAUCAAAUUAAAUCGAAAGAAAAGAGCAAUUAAAAAUGUUUCGAUUAAUUGAUUGGCAUUUUAUGAGGGCGAUGUGAUUGUAAAAUGUGAUGCACGUAUUACUAGGAUUCAGGGGUGCAAACACGUUUGUACUUUUGAUGUGACAAUUCUGAGCAUUGAAACAUUAACUGCGUCGUGUUUCUCUUAAGGCUUCUGAAAUAAAAGUCGAUCUCUUCAAAAUAGAAGAGAAUAUGAGGAUAUGACUUAAUUGUAUUAUAAUCGUUGUAUAGCUAUCGUGUUAGAUAUAUUAUAAACGAAACAUUGCCUUGAAGAAACAAAUGUAUAUUUCAGUUAUUUUAUUAGCUCUGAAAUUGUUAAUAGUAUAACAUGUUUCUCGGAUAUCGAGUUCUGAUAUCUGAUGGAAAUAUAUUUGUUCCAAUGAUUACUCUUUUAUAGUUUUUACAAAUUGUUUUAUUUAACAUGCGUUUUAUGCAAAUCCUUUGUAAUUUGCCAGCCACUUACCAACACGAAUGUUUUUAGGUAGUAUUACCAAAUCGCAAAUAAAUUUUAAUAAAAUACUGACAAAUCACAUGAUUAUCGAAAUCUAAAAAGGUUUUAUUCACCAAUAAAAGCGCCGUAUUUGUUGCUUUUUAACCGUGAUGAUUCGAACUUUCUAUUUCCACGAAAUUUUGUACAGGAACAGAAAAGCAUAAAUAAAUUAUAAAAUUAAAAUAUUUAUUCA